ACAUUUUAUGCCUGUAAACUUCCGCUUUGGUACAUCGAGAGAAAACACGUCAUAUUCAACAAAUUUCCUACGGAAUUACUUCCAAUACCAACUUCUUUUGUGACAAUAAUGACAUAUUACCAGAGUGUUGACUACCUGAGUUACAUCAUGACAAAAUUGAAAAGACUUCAUUCCUACCUUUGAAAGGCAAAUGAGAAACUGUAUUUUUUUUCCCCCGAGAAGUUGACCUAACGUUUUAGAAUGAAGUGACCAUCGAUGUAAACAUGUACACACGUUAAUGUUGGCAAGUUGUGUAUGUCGAUACAAAGAAGAUUGAUAUCUACUCAAAUGAACAGUGGUACAGAGGUUUCCCUGAGGCCAGGACAAUGACCUGCAACUGGAGAAGCCGUAUUGCCAUUUCGGUCUUGGAAGGGUUCAAACGGAAAUAUGACGCCGGUUCCUUCACCGACACGGAGAUCGACAUCCAGGGCACGAUCUUCCGCUGUCACAAGGUGUUCCUGUCGGCCAUAUCUGACUACUUUCAUGCCAUGUUUUCCUCCGGCAUGCGAGAAAGCCUGGAUGGAAAAGUGACGCUUGAGGGCAUCACUAUUGAAACAUUCCGAGAUAUAUUAGAUUUCUAUUAUGAUAGUCAGGGAAACAUCGUUUGCACUGACAAUGUAGAGGAGAUCCUUCGAGCCGCAACACUUUUACAAAUGGGAUGCCUACAAGAAAGAUGUGAGGAAUUUUAUGUGGAUCAGUUGUCUGUGGAAAAUGCGAUUGGAAUAUGGCAGCUAGCUAAAUGCCUCAACUGUGAGUCCUUGAAGAAAAAAGCGAUGGAUUUUGUCCUGGAGUAUUUUGUGGAGGUCGGGAACCAGGAGGAGAUCAUAGGCUUGGAGUGCCCUGACCUCCUAGAGGUGCUUUCCAACGAUGACCUCAAGGUGCCCAGUGAGGACAUGGUUUGUGAUAUCGCCCUGCGGUGGGUGCAGCAUGACUGGAAGAGACGGAAAUGCUUCCUCAGAGACCUCUGUAAAACUGUCAGGACAUCUCUUUUAUCAGAUGUGUGUUUGCAUAAACUUCUAACCCUAGCUGAUCGCGCUGAAGGAAGUGCCGACGGUGAAAACAAUCUAACUAUUGUUGAUGAAGAUAUUUGCAACAAAGAAAUGCAUACAUAUGUUGAUCUCAAGCAGUCACAGAAGCCACGCAACUAUGAGGAAGUGUUAGUGACAAUUGGUGUGCGAGUGUCUGCAGGACUCUUGCCUUCUGUAAAUGCUUACAGCUUCUUAGAGGGCAAGUGGUUCGCUCUUGAGCAACUCCCUCUAGACCCCGGGGCAGGAUUUGCAGUCUGUGCUUACAACAAUCACAUCUACAUAUCAGGGCGGCACGGUCGCAAGACUUACCUCCUGGACUACGAUAGCAGUGUAGACCAAUGGCUUCACUGCCCAGAGAUGCCGGACAAUCGGUGCUACCAUGAAAUGGUUGCAUCUAACGACUCCCUGUAUGUUAUCGGUGGCUGCAACAAGCGAGAUGGAGCUCUAGCCAGUGUGUAUGUGUACAACAUCUUGGAGAGGAAGUGGCAUCAUUUUAGCCACCUUCUGUUUGGUGUUUAUUCUACGUCUUGUGCAGUAAUCGGUAACACUCUGUUUGUUUUUGGUGGACGUGGAAUGGGUUCCAGACGCACACAAGAAGUUCAAGCCAUGAAUCUGACAAAUGGAACAGCAACGAUAGUUCAUCUGUUCCCGACUCCCAUCACCGAAAGCAGGGCAUUAAGUGACGGGGAUGAAGCCUUUGUGUGCACAACAAACGGAAGUGUCAUGAAAAUCUUUGAAGAUGGUGCUGUGUUUAAUGUUGCAAAAAUGCCCAAUUUUGACCGUUACAAUUUUGGUGUUUUUUUACACAGGGGAUUGCUUGUUGUCACUGGGGGUGACACUCGAUACCCAUCAGGCCUUGGUGCUUUCGAUGACAUGAUCCAAGUGAUAAUUGAUGACAAGGAAAAACUGUCAAAGGAAACUGUUGUCAUGAGAGACAAACUGUACCCAUUUGCAAGUGCUUUCGGAUGUCAGAAAAUCAUUCUUCACCGAUCCUUUUUACGUCGCCCUGCCCUGGCAGAACACCAGGCAGAUGCUGCCGGCGAAGAGGACACGUGCUGACAGUGAUACCAGUCUGGGCAGUAGAGGGGUCUGCGAAGAUCACAGAGGAAAUAGUAAUCAACCACAAAUGACGAAAUCUAUAUAGAUCAGCAAGGAGUUGGUCAGCAGCAUAAAUCAUUACAGGGCUUAGUUAACUGCACAAAAUCACUGAGGGAUGAAGCAAAGGUAUGGAUCACCCAGGAUCUGGAAAUAAUAUAGAUCAUUGCAGGAUCAGUCAGUAAGGAUCUUUGAGAGAACAGCCUAUGGCACAAGUCAUUGAGGGAUCAGUCAAAAAUACAGAGGAAUGAUUGGUCUGUCAAAUAAAUAUACUUGUUUGUAGAGGAAUCAGAUAGACAUUAUUGAUGGAUCCAUCAAAGAUACAGUUCACUGAGGGUUUGGUCAGUGUUAGAAGUCAUUGGGGAAAUUGGUCAACAGAACAAGUCAUUGAAGAACAUCAGAAUCACAGCUUAGUCUGGCAGAGACCAUUGAGACAUCCAUUGAAGGCACAUAUCAUUGAGACAUCAGUGGAAGGCACAGACCGUUGAGGCAUUAGUCAAAAGCACAGACCAUUGAGGCAUCAGAGGAAGGUACAGACCAUCAGUGGAAGGCAUGUACCAUUGAGACAUCAGGUCAAGGCACUGACCACUGAGACAUCAGUGGAAGGCACAGACCAUUGAGACAUCCAUGGAAGGCACAGACCACUGAGACAUCAGUGUAAGGCACAGACCAUUGAGACACUAAUGGAAGGCACAGACCUUUGAGACAUCAGUGGAAGGCACAGACCAUUGAGACAUCAGUGGAAGACACAGACCAUUGAGACAUCAGUGGAAGACACAGACCAUUGAGGCACAGGUGGAAGGCACAGACCAUUGAGACAUCAGUGGAAGACACAGACCAUUGAGACAUCAGUGGAAGGCACACACCGUUGAGGCAUCAGUGGAAGGCACACACCAUUGAGGCACAGGUGGAAGGCACAGACCAUUGAGACAUCAGUGGAAGGCACAGACCAUUGAGACAUCAGUGGAAGGCACACACCAUUGAGGCACAGGUGGAAGGCACAGACCAUUGAGACAUCAGUGGAAGGCACACACCAUUGAGACAUCAGGUCAAGGCACUGACCAUUGAGACAUCAGUGGAAGGCAAAGACCAUUGAGACAUCAGUGGAAGACAAAGACCAUUCAGACAUCAGUAGAAGGCACAGACCAUUGCGGCAUCAGUGGAAGGCAUAGACCGUUGAGACAUCACGUGAAUCUACAGAGUGCUAACUGUUUUAUAUCUGUUGAGGGAUCAGUGUCAACUGCAGACAAGUUAGCACAUAAGACCUAUUCCAUUUGCUUGUGAAGCUCUUUCAUCAUGAUUCAAUGAGUCCUAGUUUAUCCAAGUCAGUGUUAAAUUGACACAAACCCUUCAGAAUUUCUUCUUAAUUGUUCCAGAUCCCUGCAUAAAUACUCAGCUCUGGGACACUUUCCCUAUAUCAUUCAGUAUGUCCAUUUAUAUCAUACCAUCAAAUACUUACUAGAGUUUUGAUAACCUGGUGUCUUGCACCGUUUGUUCUUCAACCAAGCACACAAUGCUAUUACUUAUUAAAGUUUGUUAAUAUCACUAUGAUUGACCGAUAUACGCUAGAUGUUCAAAUACUGUCACACAUGUGGUUGCUAUGGUUACUAGUUUGCCUUGAGGAGAGAGACUUCUCAUCUUGAGUUGCUGAAUGAAUAUGUUGCAAUGGAUAAGAGGGUAUUCUGUAUUCUUGACUAUAAGUUGGAUUCCCACUGACAAAGGGGUCAGUUAUUAUGUUCAUAGACACCAUCUGUGCUCUAGUUUGUUUAUGGAGGAAUUAGUUUUCGUUUGGUGAUUUCAAGGUUUCUUGACUGCCUGUGAAUUUGUGUGCAUGAAUGACGCAUUGAAUCUGCAAAGUCAAGGGUGUUUCACAUACUGACCAAGGUGGGAUUGGGUCGUCCAAGUGGGUUUUCAGUCAUUGCUCACAUCCUUUCAGUUAGAAGUAUCCCAGUAUUCCACAUGGGUUCAUUAUGUGGAGCGGGGCGGUCGGGUAGCCUAGUGGUUAAAGCGUUCGCUCGUCAGGCCGAAGACCCGGGUUCGAUUCCCGACAUGGGUACAAUGUGUGAAGCCCAUUUCUGGUGUCCCCCGCCGUGAUAUUGCUGGAAUAUUGCUAAAAGCGGCGUAAAACCACACUCACUCACUCACUCACUCACUCAUUAUGUGGAGCUUCAUCUUGAUGCGUCCUAUUGUGAUAAAGUGGUAUUAACUGAUAAAGUGGUGUUAAAUGAUAAAGCAGUGUUCAUUGAUAAAGUGAUGUUAUAAGUUGUUAUAACUUAUAACAGUCACAUCGUAUAGGGUCAUUAUGAUUAUUUGCUCAAUGAAGAGCAGUUCAUUGAAAAUGUUUGAAAUAUAUCAAAAUGACCUUGACCCGCUAUUAAUCCAGAUGCCUACCAUUCGUUCAUAAAAAUGUUCAUUCAUCCUGACACAUUCUUGAUUUGAUGUUUCAGUAUUUAGCAAAUGUAUUCAACACGUUCAAUGCAUAUGAAUGUUUCACGCUGAAGGAAAUAUUUUCGCAUGUUUUAUAUCUCCACUCUCUGCCAAUUAGCUUUGACAUUUUAUAAUGAAGAUUUAUUACAUGAUGGAUGGAGGAAAUUAUGGCAAUCUUGACAGGUUUAAUUAUCACUGGGAGUUUAAUAAACCCUGAUAAACGUGGAGGAUGUCUGCUUAUUAUGCCAUGUGCUGAUUCAAUAUGUUGCCAAGCAACCAACAUUCUGAAAGUCAUUAAAGGAGCAGCAUACAAGUUCAUUAAUUUAGAUGUAAACUUGUCACCUUAUCAGGACACAGGUCUAAGGCGUUGCACCUUGCUGUGCAGAGUUAUGUCCCUUAGUAGUGCCUGGAUCUACUGGUUAUGAUUCUUGGUGUAUAUACACCAUAUAUCCCUGGUUGGUUUUUUUAAGUUGUAAAAACACCAAGGUAUGACUUGCGAUUCUUUCGGCUUCCCUCCAGUUUCAGAACGAUACGUGGGGUGUAUGUGAAAUACUCAGUCUGUCUCGAGUAGGUGUCCCAGUCUUCAUGUGGCCUGUUUUCAUUCCACCAGACACAAGCAAAAUGUAUAUGCUAUGAGAUACCUUUCACCAUCUUCAUCUUUACUUGUUAGCUCUUCUUGUCACCAAUCCACACCAGGGGCCCGUUCAACAAUUCCGGGGUACAAUAGGUCUUCAGCAACCCAUGCUUGCUGUAAAAGGUGACUAUGCUUGUCUUAAAAGGCGACUCACAGAAUUGGGUGGUCAGGCUCAAUGACUAGG